AUGGCUACUAUUACGAAAACAUACCGGGGCACAUGGUCAUUUUUAUCAUAUAUUAGGCGAAAUGAAAAGAGAAAUGCAGUUCUAACACGUGCACGGAACACUGAACCUUCUCAACAGUUAAGAUUUUGCAGUUCAAGGGGAACAAUUAACACCAGUAAUCGGCAGUAUUGCCUUGAUUUGAUACAAAAGUUUGACCAUGAAAACUUUCUAUGCACUCUUCUUUACUCAAAAUCUGCACGAGAAGCUGCUAUUGCCAUCAGAGCCUUCAAUGUAGAGAUUGCACAGGUUCAGGAUGUUGUCUCAGACAAACAGCGGGGAGCUAUGCGAAUGGUGUUUUGGAGGGAUACCAUCGAAAAGAUAUACCAGGGCUCCCCUCCCCAACAACCUAUAGCACUGCAGCUAGCCAAGGUCAUAUCUGAGAACAAGCUGACAAAAAAGUGGUUCAUGAGGUGUAUAGAUGCCAGGGCGGACUGUCUGGAGAAUGAUUCCUUCAGAUCUAUAAAUGACCUUGAGGAUUAUUGUGAAAACUCAGUGUCAUCAGUCAUGUACCUGAUCCUAGAAAGUUUGGGUAUAAAGGAUCUCCAUGCUGACCAUGCUGCCAGCCACAUAGGACGUGCCCAUGGCUUAGUGACCUUCCUCAGAGCUAUUCCAUUUAACACCAGUCGAGGCCGAAUCAAUCUACCAACAGAGUUACUCAUAAAGUACAAUGUGUCACAAGAAGAUGUAUAUCGAGGGAAGAAGCCUGACCUUGUCAAUGACAUUGUGUAUGAUAUUGCAAGUGUGGCUAAUCAACAUCUCCGUACUGCUCGGUCGCUGAAGAAAGAUGUGCCCAAGUCUGCUGUACCUACAUUUCUGAACACUGUGAUAUGUGAAAAGUACCUGACAAAUAUUCAACAAGCUGGAUUUAAUGUGUUUGACACUAAAUUACAGAGGAGAAAUGGACUUCUUCCAUUACAACUACUUAUGCAGAGUAUGAAAAAAACAUACUAAUGCGAGAAAAAGUGUGGUAGCUGUCACUUCUGAUAAAAAAUAAUUUUUGUUUAUGUAAAAUGAAAGAAUAAAUUCUCGUUGUGGCA